AUGAGCUCAUCUCAUCCCGAAACGGAUGCCAGGAAUAGAGCGACAGUUGGAGUUUUCUCAUGGAAAGCCGGGGCGCUCUUUAUUGCAACUGGUGCAGGGCUGUACUAUUAUUUUACCACAGAAAAGGCCAAACUCGAGGAACGUAAACGGCAAGAAGCCGCCGACUCCAAAGUCGGGCGACCCAAAGUCGGUGGCCCCUUCCAGCUAGUGUCACAUGAGGACAAACCAUUUACCCAUAUGGACCUACUUGGUAAAUGGUCUCUGAUAUACUUUGGAUUUACACGUUGCCCAGACAUUUGCCCGGAGGAGUUGGAUAAAAUGGGGGAAGUGGUAGAUGCUAUUGAUGCCUCGCAUGGUCCGAUCGUUCAGCCUGUUUUCAUUUCGUGCGACCCUGCGAGGGAUACUGUGCCGAUUGUGAAGAAAUAUAUCGCCGAAUUUCAUCCUCGACUUAUUGGGCUAACUGGUACAUACGAACAGGUCAAGGCUGCCUGUAAAGCAUACCGAGUAUACUUCUCCACCCCGCCGAAUGCUUCUCAAAACGAUGACUAUUUGGUGGAUCAUUCGAUUUUCUUUUAUCUGAUGGAUCCGAGGGGUCAAUUCGUGGAUGCGUUUGGGAAAAGCCAGACAGCUGAUAUGGUUAGAGAGAAGGUGGACAAGGCAAUCAGGGAGUAUCCUUAA